UCGGGAGCAUUCCGUCGAGUAGCUGAGAUUGCGGUAGUGAGGGAGUUAAUAGAGACUGAGAGUCGGACAUUUCAACUCUUUCAUUACAUGAAUUCGUCUGAAAGUUAUUUAAAGUAUUGUUGAUAUAAUGCGGUUAAUAUAACUUCAAACACAAAGCUAUUGGAGCGGUUAUUAUCCUUUAUAAGCUAACAAACGGUUACUAGAGUGCGCCUGUCAAACCGCUCCCCGCCCUGUGAGCUGUCACAUCACGGAGAGCUGGACGGGCAGGAAACAUGACCAGUUUAGCCAGUAAAGUUUUCAGCAGGGUCGACAGGGUGUGCCGCCACCUCCCAGUGUUCCUCAACACCUUCCUGGUGUUCUCCAUCACCGGGGAGGUGAGCUACUUGGUGCUGGUGGAGGCGGACCAGCAGAAGACGGAGUGGUCCGGCUGGUGGAAGGCGGUCCACCUGCUGGCUCAGUACUUCAUGCUCGGGAACAUCUGCUGGAACGCCCUGCUCUUCCUCCAGACCAGCCCCAGCAUCAGGGGGGUGUUCCUGGGGGGAGAUGGCAUGGGUCAGGGGUGGAGGUACUGUUAUACAUGUGAGACACACACUCCUCCUCGCUGCUCCCACUGCUACGACUGCAAAGUGUGUGUGCUGCGGCGGGAUCACCACUGUGUCUUUUUUGGCCAGUGCGUGGGCUUCCGUAACUACCGCUACUUCCUGAGCUGCUUGUUAUUUAUGUGGUCUGGGCUCCUGUACGCCACUCUGAUGAAUGCAGAGGUCUUCAUUGUCAUAUUGAAGGAGGGUGUGACAUUGCAUAGCGUCAUGCUGCUGCUCAUACCCUGGAUCAUGCUGGUGUCAGGCCAGGUGUCACCAGGUGCCUUUGCCUUCGCAUUCAUCGCCGACACAUGCGUGGUGGGCUUCCUGCUGGUGUCCGCCUUCUUCUUCUUCCACAUAAUCCUGAUGUUUCGGGGACAGACCACCAGGGAAUGGUACUCGACCCGCCGACCUUACAACCUCGGCGUCCUGGGAAACCUACGUCACUCUCUGGGCGUUCGCUGGUACCUCUGCUGGCUCUGCCCUCUCAUCCCAUCACCUCUCCCCGGAGACGGGAUACACUUCCAGCUCACAGGAUCGCUGGACCCCAGCCGUUAACAGCUGAAAGUCUGAAUAUGAACAGGCCGUGUGUCUUUGCUUUAGUGGUGAUAGUUAAUGUAAUCGGGAGUAGCAGCUGUAACAAAGAACACCUCAGUUCACGGAGAGAGGUAGCUUGGGAUGGGAAGAAGCCAGAGCAGUGUGGUGGUUUAAGAUGUGACUGGGUAUAUCUGUCUACCGAUAUUUUCCCCGUAGCCUUUACCUGUGCGGGGACAAGGAAAUGAUGGGCCUACUUCAGAAGGGUACAUUGACCUCCAUUUAAAGGUAUUCUGUAUAUUAGCACAGAAAUCAGCAGUGUUCCUCUGGAAUACUGAGCACUGAAGAUGUAUCAGAACAACUCUGAAAUGAGAAUGGAUUUAAUUGAUUGAGUAACAUAUAUAUAGGUUUAAAUUCUUGUUUACAAGCACUUGCGACAGCUGACUACAACCUCUGGGUAGUCACUUGAAUCGGCCUUUUUCGUACUGUUUUUUUUAUAUAAAUCUGAAGGUUAUAAUCAGUUUGGCGUUGGUGCUGACAAGUCCAAUAGGAUUCUAAAUCUUCUGUUCGUUAGCAGAUUGUUUUCCACUAAUCGACAGCCACUCCUGAGCUCCAGCUGCUGUAUUACACUGGGCUCUCUACUGGUUUUUUUUUGCAUUAAGUAAGACAUAAAGAGCACUGAGGGGGGGGGGGGGUAGGAAUGAAUCGAAUAAACUGAAUUGUUCAGUCCUGAUUCUGAGCCUGUAGCCCAGUCCUUACUACAUAUUAAUUGAAAGAAAAUAUAUAAUUAUUUUGUUAUUUACACUAUGUACUCAAAACCUGCUUUGAUCUUCCAUUUAGUAUGGAUUUGGGACACAGUUAACAUUUCUCACAGCACUUGAUGCCAACUGACUUUUGCUACGUUAGUACCAUCUUUUUUCUCUCUCUCUUUUGCACUUUUGCUUUUGUUAUUUUAUUCCUACUCGCUGUAAAUGGAAAUAAAAAUGACAAGCCUUUGUUCUGACAGGUAAUCGUACUUGUCCUAAAAAAUCUGCCAAAUAUCAUUUGUUUAGGUUUUAUUAAUCGUUUGCUAUUAUAUAUACGGUAUGUCUUCCUAUUUCUUUUUGUUGGCCAUUUCAUAUGGGUCACACCCAAUAAAUUAUUUCAA